AUGUCGACAAUACAGCAACUUAAGAACUUCAUUCGCCAUGGCAAGCAAGCACGCGCGGCGGAUGAGCCGGGGCGCUCGAAGAAUGAAGAAACAUCGCCAAAUCAGCAGCCAGUGAAGAACAUCACGGCGCGGGCCACUGACCCUGUGCUUGGUUCUUCCGCGGCUGCCAAAUCCCAACAGGCGACCCACUACGAGCCUGCCCAACCGCAAGCCAUAGACGGCAAGGCGAAGCAACAGAAGCGGAUUCCCGACGAGAACAUUGCGAAACUUGUGGCCGAGGAGAAUGAGAGCAAGAGCAAGUUCCCCAACUAUCCGGGCCUCGAGCGGUGGAGGCUCAUCGAGAAGAUGGGCGACGGCGCUUUCAGCAACGUCUACCGCGCUCAGGAUCGUGAGGGAACCGCUGGCGAGGUCGCCAUCAAAGUCGUCCGCAAGUAUGAGAUGAACAGCAUGCAGAGGGCAAACAUUCUCAAGGAGGUGCAGAUUAUGCGCCAGAUUGACCACCCCAACAUCGUCAAACUUGUCGACUUCUCUGAGUCCCGGCAAUACUACUACAUCAUCUUGGAGCUUGCCCCCGGUGGCGAGUUAUUCCACCAGGUCGUGCGUCUUACUUACUUCAGCGAGGAGCUGUCACGGCAUGUUAUCGUCCAGGUCGCAAAGGCGCUCGAGUAUUUGCACGAGGAGAGAGGGAUUGUGCACCGUGACAUCAAGCCGGAAAACAUUCUCUUCAACCCGGUCCCUUUUGUGCCAUCGAAAAACCCUAAGCCGAAACAACCUGGCGACGAGGAUAAAGUCGACGAAGGCGAGUUCAUUAAAGGGGUUGGUGCAGGCGGGAUUGGGCAAAUCAAGAUUGCCGAUUUCGGCCUCUCCAAGAUCAUUUGGGAAAGCCAGACAAUGACGCCUUGUGGCACCGUUGGGUACACGGCGCCUGAGAUCGUCAAGGAUGAGAGGUAUUCCAAAUCGGUCGACAUGUGGGCUAUGGGCUGUGUGUUGUACACCCUCCUCUGUGGCUUCCCGCCAUUCUACGACGAGAGCAUCGAGGUGCUUACCGAAAAGGUCGCCAAGGGGCAGUUCACAUUCCUGUCGCCAUGGUGGGAUGACAUCAGCAAGUCGGCGCAGGACUUGAUCUCGCAUCUGCUUUGCGUCGACCCGGAGAAGAGGUUCACCAUCAGGGAGUUCCUCGCCCACCCCUGGAUCCGCGAAUCCGGCCCCACGCCUCGCGACGAGCGGAAGGCGGCUUUCUCGACCGAGCAGCCUCUGCGCUCUUUCGACAUGUCGAAGCUCGUGGAUGGCGAAAAGCGCUACGACUUUCGCUCUCCAGCGGCAGUCAACCUUCGCGAGGUGUUCGACGUUGGCUACGCCGUCCAUCGGCAAGAGGAGGAGGGCAAGCGCCGCAAGCAGGUGGGCGCCAAAGCCGGCGGUGUGUCGCGUCUCGGCGGCCUCGACGAGACAGUCGACGAGGACGAAGAGAUGGCUGAUACGGACACGACACAACAACUCGAGCAGAGCAUGCGCGACGCCCAAAUCCGCGACCAAGACCAGCAGCAACAGCAGCCGCGCGGCCGGGACCGCGAACGCAAGGCGCACCCUCCGCCAGCUGCCGCGGCAGGGACCGAGCAGCGCGGGUAUGGCCAGCACUCCGCUGCCGUUGCUGCCGCUGCGAGGCAGCAGGUGCGGGAUCGCAACAAGCAAAAGGGCGCGUUUGAGCUAAACUUGGAUGGCGCCACGCUACUUGGCCGUCGCGGUGUUAAGGCAUCUGCGCAGCCGGCUUAG